AUGAGGCCUGAGAACCAGAGCAGCGUGUCCCACUUCCUCCUCCUGGGGCUCCCCAUCCCGCCAGGGCAGCAGGGCGUGUUCUUCACACUCUUCCUGAGCAUGUACCUGACCACGGUGCUGGGCAACCUGCUCAUCAUCCUGCUCAUCAGGCUGGACUCUCGCCUGCACACGCCCAUGUACUUCUUUCUCAGCCACUUGGCCUUCUCUGACAUUUCUCUCUCAUCUGUCACUGUCCCUAAGAUGCUCAUCAACAUGCAGACUCGGCAACAAUCCAUCUCCUAUGUGGGAUGCAUUUCUCAGUUGUAUUUCUUCAUACUUUUUUGUACUCUUGACAAUUUUCUUCUGGCUGUGAUGGCAUAUGACAGGUAUGUGGCCAUCUGUCACCCUCUACAUUAUACCACCAUCAUGAGGGAGGGGCUGUGUGUGCUGCUGGUGGCUGGCUCCUGGAUUCUCUCCUGUGCCCAUGAUUUGUUGCACACCCUCCUAUUGGUCCGACUGAACAUGAGGCCUGAGAACCAGAGCAGCGUGUCCCAGUUCCUCCUCCUGGGGCUCCCCAUCCCGCCAGGGCUGCAGGGCGUGUUCUUCACCCUGUUCCUGGGCAUGUACCUGACCACGGUGCUGGGCAACCUGCUCAUCAUCCUGCUCAUCAGGCUGGACUCUCGCCUGCACACGCCCAUGUACUUCUUCCUCAGCCACUUGGCCUUCUCUGACAUUUCUCUCUCCUCUGUCACUGUCCCUAAGAUGCUCAUGAACAUGCAGACUCAGCAACAAUCCAUCUCCUAUGUGGGAUGCAUUUCUCAGUUGUAUUUUUUCAUACAUUUUGCAGGUAUUCACAAUUUUCUUCUGGCUGUGAUGGCAUAUGACAGGUACGUGGCCAUCUGUCACCCUCUGCGCUACACCACCAUCAUGAGGGAGGGGCUGUGUGUACUGCUGGAGGCUGGCUCCUGGAUUCUCUCCUGUGGCAGUUCCCUGUUACACACCUUCCUAUUGGCCCAACUGUCCUUCUGUGCAGACCAUACCAUCACCCACUUCUUCUGUGACCUCACUGCACUUCUGAAGCUGAGCUGUCCAGACACCUCCCUGAAUAAGCUGGUCAUAUUCACUGAGGGUGGAAUGCUUUUCUUUCUGCCUUUUGGUAUUAUUGUGGGCUCAUAUAUCCAUAUAGGGACCAUCAUCCUGAGGGUGCCCUCCACUAAGAGACUCUUUAAAGCCUUUUCUACCUGUGGCUCCCAUCUCUCUGUGGUGUCUUUAUACUACGGGACAGUGGCAGGUGUUUACUUUUCCUCCUCAUCAUGGGAUUCCAAAGACAUAAUUGCUUCAGUCAUGUAUACAGUAGUUACCCCCAUGCUGAACCCCUUCAUCUACAGCCUGAGGAACAGAGAUAUAAAACAGGCCUUAGAGAU